GGGAUCUCUGGUGCGCCCAACCUCUCCUCCCGCCUCCCACCUCUCUUUCUCCAGGCACCUCACCCAUAAAUCACGGGUGGGAGGCAGCCUUGGUUCCCCUGUGCCGAGAAGCUGCUGCCCCCUCCCUUGCUCAACACAGGGCUUUGCAGCAGUGGAGGCAGCCGCCGCUGAUUUCGGGCACUGGAAGCAAUUGAUUCGUCGGCUGCCAGCAGCCUGGAGUUGCCUACGCGGGCGGACGACAGAGAGGAGGGGAGAGAGAGAGAGAGACUUACAGAGCAGAAACCUUCAUCCAUGUGGAGGGCAGUCUGAGGGAGCCACGGUCUUUGCCUUGUCCACCGACUGGUCUGACUUUUCCCCUGUUCUGGCACCUCCACUGAGCUUUCAAACCAAGUCAUCGGAAGUUAACAUCUUCCCACCCGGCAGGGAAGGGGAGUUGCCAAGAAUCUGGCUCACCGUUCCCCCUGCAGUCCUCCAGUGUCGGAAACAGGACUUCCGCCAUGACCGACACUGUAUUCAGCAACAGCUCUAGCCGUUGGGUGUGUCCCAGUGACCGACCCCUUCAGUCCAAGCUCCAGGCGGGCUGGUCCGUCCACCCCGGAGGUCAGCCCGACAGACAGAGGAAGCAGGAAGAGCUGACAGAUGAGGAGAAGGAAAUUAUCAACAGGGUGAUCGCGCGGGCCGAGAAAAUGGAAGCAAUGGAGCAGGAACGGAUCGGGCGCCUGGUGGACCGUCUGGAGAACAUGAGGAAGAACGUGGCUGGGGAUGGGGUGAACCGCUGCAUCCUGUGCGGCGAACAGCUGGGGAUGCUGGGCUCCGCCUGCGUCGUGUGUGAGGACUGUAAGAAGAAUGUCUGCACCAAGUGCGGGGUGGAGACCUCCAACAACCGCCCCCAUCCCGUCUGGCUCUGCAAAAUCUGCCUGGAGCAGAGGGAGGUGUGGAAGCGUUCUGGAGCCUGGUUCUUCAAGGGCUUCCCCAAACAGGUCCUCCCGCAGCCAAUGCCCAUAAGGAAGACUAAGGCCCAGCAGCCUGUCCGUGAGCCCGCCACCCCCGAGCAGCCCGCCCCUGAGCCCCCGCACACCGCCCGGGCUCCAGCUCGAGGUGACGCUGAAGACAGAAGGGGCCCAGGUCAGAAACCAGGCCCCGAGCCGGCCUCUGCUCCUGGGCGAGGAAGCCACGGGCCCCCUGUGCGCAGGGCCUCGGAGGCGCGAAUGAGCUCGUCCAGCCGGGACUCAGAGAGCUGGGGCCAGGGCCAGGGCCAGGGCCAGGGCGGCGGGGCGGCCGCGGACUCCAGCCGCAGCCCAGCAGGUUUGAGACGGGCCAACUCAGUCCAGGCCUCCAGACCUGCCCCAGCCGCAGGGCAGAGCCCGGCGCCACCUCAGCCUGGGCAGCCAGGAGGCAGCAGACCCAGCCCUGGGCCAGCCGGACGCUUCCCUGACCAGCGACCAGAGGUGGCUCCCAGCGACCCCGGCCAUCCAGGGGCCACUGCCCCGCCCCGGGAGGAGAGAACUGGAGGAGUCGCCGCCAGGGAGGACAGAGCAGGCCACCCACCGGGCCCCUACUCCCAAGCGUCUGCUGCCGCCCCCCAGCCGGUCGCCACGCCCGCCCGCCAGCCCCCGCCCCCGGAGGAAGACGAGGAAGAAGCCAACAGCUACGAUUCGGAUGAAGCAACCACCCUGGGUGCCCUGGAGUUCAGCCUUCUCUACGACCAGGAUAACAGCUCCCUGCACUGCACCAUCAUAAAGGCCAAGGGACUGAAGCCCAUGGACUCCAAUGGCUUGGCUGAUCCCUAUGUUAAGCUGCACCUCCUGCCGGGAGCCAGCAAGUCCAACAAGCUUCGAACAAAAACCCUGCGGAACACCCGGAACCCUGUCUGGAAUGAGACUCUCGUCUAUCAUGGCAUCACAGAUGAGGACAUGCAGAGGAAGACCCUCAGGAUCUCUGUCUGUGAUGAGGACAAAUUUGGCCAUAACGAGUUCAUCGGCGAGACCAGGUUCUCUCUCAAGAAGCUGAAGCCCAACCAAAGGAAGAACUUCAACAUCUGCCUGGAGCGGGUCAUCCCGAUGAAGCGUGCCGGGACCACCGGGUCCGCCCGAGGCAUGGCCCUCUAUGAGGAGGAGCAGGUGGAGCGCAUUGGUGACAUAGAGGAACGCGGCAAGAUCCUGGUGUCCCUCAUGUACAGCACGCAGCAAGGAGGCCUCAUCGUGGGCAUCAUCCGUUGCGUGCACCUAGCCGCCAUGGACGCCAACGGCUACUCAGAUCCAUUUGUCAAGCUCUGGCUGAAACCAGACAUGGGAAAGAAGGCCAAACACAAGACCCAAAUUAAGAAGAAAACCUUGAAUCCUGAAUUUAAUGAGGAGUUCUUCUAUGACAUCAAACACAGUGACCUGGCGAAGAAGUCACUGGACAUCUCGGUCUGGGACUAUGACAUUGGCAAGUCCAACGAUUACAUCGGAGGCUGCCAGCUGGGGAUCUCAGCCAAGGGAGAGCGCUUAAAACACUGGUACGAGUGUCUGAAAAACAAGGAUAAGAAGAUCGAGCGCUGGCACCAGCUACAGAACGAGAACCACGUGUCGAGCGAUUAGGAUGGUGCCCCGGUCCCUCACCCCCUGCCCAGGUCACCCCCCGCCCCAGCCUGCCCCAACAGCCCAUUGCACUCUGGUCUCUCGUCUCUACGCCUCACAGCCCGUCCCCCGCCACCCUCCCUGAGCCUCUCUUGGGGUCCCCCCUGACCUUGGGGGCCGCCACCAAGGACCUCCGCUUCCCUCUGCCACGCUGCUGCAACGUGGGGUCUGAACACAGCCCCUUUCUGGUCUCCCCAGGACGGAGCAGUGGGGUAGGGAUGGGGAGAUUUUUACAAGGAGGCUGUUCAUUUAACAACCUUCCCAUUUGGGUAGUUACAAAUGGUUUUCAUCAUUUAGGACUCUUUUUAGACCUACCCCCCGGCCUCGAACAGAGGCACGCGCACACAACUCGCACUUCCUGUGUCACUUCUGUGUAUCCCCUCAGUACUGUGGGGACCUUGUAUUUGGGGGCAGACAUAGGACAUCCAGGCCCCCACCACCUCUGCACAUAUACACCCCAGUCGCCAGGGAAACGGGCCACCGUGUUUAAACUCCCUGGGGACCAGGAACACACCCUCCCAGCUCCCAAAUACUUCAAGAAGUGGACAUGCAAAAUACACAAAGGGACUUUGGUAACUUCCUCUUCCAGGACGUCACCUGUUUGCUUCCUAGCAAAAAAUGACCCCUGUUUUCUACCCCCCUCCAGUCCUGUCCACCACACGAAAGUCUCCCUUUCUACCCUCAUCUUUCCCUCCCCCUCACUUCCUCUCUAAAGAGGUUAAAUAGCAAAAGCAAAAAAUAUCCUGACACCGCCUCACCCCCUUGCUUCCUCUCGCCAGCCUGACCAGCAAACUCAGAAGCUGGCAAAACCUGAAAUUCCACCUGGACCCUCCUUCUUCAAACCACCCACUUCCCCUGUCGGCACAGCCAGGUGGCCUCGGGCUGAGGGCCGCCACUGCCCCAGGUGCCUGGCCGGUCCUGCAGGCUGUGGGGGCCCCCACAGAGAGGCUUGCUCAGCCCCCGGCCUCCCCAAGUGCACGCAGAAGGUGUCUGGAAACCAGAGCUCUGGGUCCAAGGCGGCCUCGCCAAAGCGCCGCCCAGUGUUCGGUUUCUGCUUCCACUGCUCGCAGUUAAAUGAACCUGCAACCCGGGUCCCUGAUACUCUGACUCACGCCUUUGACACUCUCACUCAGAGUUUCCUCGGAUCUGUCUCUCUCUGCCUCUGCCUCUCCCACCCUCUUCCCCAGCUGGGUCGGAAGAACAGAGGACCGACAUCAUGGGUCUAGAACUUCAGCAGGUGACAGCCUGAUGCUAAAGGCUUUUAGUCCAUCCUGAAUCAUCCAGUCUUUUUCCUAAAAAAAUAAAAUAAGGAGAAACAGGCGGUGAGGACACACACACAUUGGAGGUUGGGCUUGGGCAGCCUUUGGCGCCCUGUGUAAAAGUCUCGUUUUUUCCCAGUCGCCCUGUGAAAAGCACCCACUCUGUCCGCAGCCCACCACCUUCUGCGGAUCCGUCAGAUGGACUCUCAGAUGCUCAUUUUCUCCACAUACCCCCUUCAGCCUUCCCUUUCCGCAUUCUCCACCCCCAGGCCUCUGCGCAAUUCCUUCGAAGUCACUGAUUCCUUGUCCCCGAUAACCAUUUUCGAAACAGCAAGUUCUCUGCCUUCCCCAAGAUGGCUGGCAGCUUGCCCCCACGCCCCUCCGUCCAGCCCCGGCGCCCCCUCCUUCCCACGGCCUGCCCUUUGGAGAAAGCAUGCUGGCUGCGUCGCCCAAGCCUGACGCUGGUCUUGGCGCUGGAAUCAGCAUGUGGCAAGCUCACAGCGCCCGCGGUCCGGCGCGCGUGCUCUCCGCUGCCCCCACCAAGUAACCACCCCCCUGCCUAGGAAACACACGCCCUCUGGUGCAUGCUGAACCGACCGCCACAUUUCUUUG